ACCCGCUAUCCAAUGAGUCAGUCUUUCGCUCGUGUGAAUGGAUCCCACACUUACACGUAAGGACACUGACAUAAAAAAGCGCAAGUCGGGCUAGGCUCGGUACACAGCACGAUAGACAGCAUGGACUGAGCCAAAGAAGAGAGGCAGCCAGGUAGACGCACCAGGUGGGGUGCCGCAUCGCCCUCCCCUCCUGGUGUGUUGCAUCCCCUGAGCUGCUGCCGCCCCAACGGCUGCACCCCAGCUACCUCCAAUGCCACCCCACCGCUGCACACGCCCGCCCGCCCCCCAACACUGACUCCUCCACGUGCAGUGGCCGUUGCCGCCCCACUGCACGCCAGCUACUUCCGAUGUCUUCGUGUGUGCCGCCGCCCAAGUCCACCUCAGUCACUCGACGCCACCCCGACAGCUGCAGUCAUGAAACAAGAGACAGUCUCACUGUUGUGUUGACUCAUCGUGUGUGUGUACCUGUCUUGAUGAGCUCGUUGACCUUUGGGAGGAGUGUGAUGGCGUCGCCCAUCUUGUUGUGGGCGAUGUCAACUGCCCGCGGGAAGACAGCAGGGCCACUGCCGAUCUGCUGGGGCGCCUCGGUGGUGUAGAGGAUGAUGCUUGCCACCCCAUUACCCCAGUUGGCCAUCCAGAUGUAGGCCACGAACUCGUCGCCCUCCCUGUCGCCACAGAGCAUGACGAGUCGGUGUGAGCGGCCGUAGCUGUGGUUGUAGUCGAUGGUGCGGCAGCCGUCCCACAGGGGCGGCUGCUGGUCGAUCAGGUCACCGAUGCGAUCACACUCAGCAGAGCGGCGACGGUAGGACCGACUCGACACCAAUUGCGACGACAGCGAUGCCAACCUGAAAGAGCAGGGAGGAAAAGGCAUAGCAGUCGACACAUUGGUGUGUUGUGCCCUCUCGUUUCACUCGCUGCACACCUCUUGAUGGCCAACUCACGGAAGCUGCCAUGCUCGAAAAUAUCGUCUGCAGGCACACACACACAGCGGCAGACGCCAUCCAUGCCAGGUCGCCUCCCCUGUGGUGCUUUCCCCUCUCUCUCUCUCACGUUCACACGGGGGAUCGGCCGCAUCGAAUCGAUCUCGAUACCUGACCGGCACCGUCUGCUCGGUGUGCACCACCACCUCACUCCCGCCAAGCUCGUCCCUCCCAUUGGCUGUGCGCCUCAGCCGCAUCCCCUCGCCCCGUCGGUGGCUGAAGAGGGCAUAUUGCCUCAUGCUGGGCGGCCGGCUGUCGAUGACGGCCUUGCUGCCCACCUGGUGCAGGUCGACGCCCGUCAGCUCGAUGGGCAGCUGCUGCACUCGUCCGCAGCUCUUGGACAUCCGCAGCAGCGGCACGUUGCCCCGCCAGUCGCCCCCCGUCACCAUCACAUAGUGGAGGCGGAUCAGCCGCAUUCGGCGCACUAGACGACUGCCAUGGCUCGACUGGCGCAGCGGGGUGUAGCCGAUGACGCCAGUGAGUCCGUGGCGCUGGAUGAUGCUGUCGAUGUCGGCGAUCAGGGCGGCCUCGACGGCGCUGCCGACCGCUUCUGAUGUGCGGCAGAGGGCGAUCGUGUUGUGUGGGGUGAGGGUGGCGGGAUCGUCACGGUGGCCGCUGAUGAAGGGCAGCAGGCUGCCGCGGAGGACAUCGGUGGGCAGGUCGGGCAGCCCGGGCGGGUCGGCCGCACCAGACGACGGCUCUGCGGGCGGCGCGUCAACACGGCGGCGCUUCGAAUUCACCUCAACCUGCACACACACAUCACACCACCCACACAUUGGCCGUCAUGGCAAUGACGAGCAAGAGCGCAGCAGCCGUACCUUCAAUUUUGUCUUGGUGGUCUUGGUGGUCUUCUCGUUGGCGGCGCGACGGAUGAGCUUGAAGGUCUUGGAAUGGCCUUCCAUCUAAAACACACAAACACAGGCAGGAGAACCCACGGCUUUCAUCAGUCGACAGACGAUGGCUGCGUGGACAUAUCUGUGUAAACGCACCAGUGCUACGUCGUUCAGUCGGCCGACUGCUCUACAGAACUCUGAAGUGGCGCUCUCGAGCAUCGCUGUGCGACUCUCAGCAACAGAACCCUGCACACAGACGACAGACCAGAUCAACCGAAAGGAAUCAAUCACUCAUUCACCCGUUCAUUGUGCAACGGACGUGUUGACUCACUGACCUUCGCAGCGAGAUAUUUGAUCGUGCCACUGGCCUGCGCACACCACACACACCAUACAGGAUACACACGACGCACAUGACACACAUGUCGCACGACAGCCCACCAUCUCCCUCCCUGCCACACAGGUGGUCUCCUCUGCCAGUGCAGCACCUGAGCCACCUACCUGAUCGCGGGCAUGCUUCAGCUGCUUCACCACCCCACGCAGGCUCUGCAAAGACAGGCAUACACACGACACAAGAAGGUCAUGGGCAGCUGACGAACAGAAGACGGUCUUUGCAUGUCUGUGUGUCUGUAAUGGCUCACCGACUGGUCAUCGUUUGUGUGCCGCUAUGAUUGACGAACCCAAACAGAUUGCUACGUCCACCACCGCCUGGCCAACACACAAACCACCCCACACAUGAGAAUUCCUUUCCGCCCUCGCCCAGUCAGUUCUGUCAGCCCACCUGCGGCAGCUGAUGCCGAGGGUGAUGGGCCGCUCAUCGCGCCCGCUGCCGGCUAUGCUCACGGGCACCUCCAACCUAUGCCUGAAGACCAUGUGAGUGUGGUGUUUGCGAUGAGUGUCAUGGUUCGUGCUGUGCUUACCGGUGAAAAGGCAGCGACUAUACACUCAACAGAGGAGCCAUCGCCCUUUCUUUCUCCUUCGCCUUUGAAGCUCGCAUGAUCGAAGAGGAUGGCGGCGAGCUUUGGCGGAGCUCGCGGCGAGUGAACGGCAGCAUGCGAAUCGGCAUUGUGUCUUCCUCCCCACCCUUGAAU